AUGACUCCUGGUCUUCAACUCCGUAACCUCACCCCCUCCCAGUUUCCGGCUUCAGGACUACUCCCGCGGUCAGGAUCCCUAUCCGAUGCCCCCACAGGGUGCUGCCCAGGGCAGCAGGCAUUGCAAGAGAUCUGCAAGUACCAGAGCAGCACCCGCCUGCUGCUGCGCUCCGGCCCCUUUUCCCGCCUGGUGCGGGAGCUCUGCCUCCUCUUCACCCGCGGGGUCGAUUACCACUGGCAGAGCAUGGCCCUGCUGGCACUGCAGGAGGCAGCAGAGGCCUUCAUGGUGAGGCUGUUGGAAGACGCAUACCUGUGCUCGCUGCACGCCCGCCGAGUCACCCUGAUCCCCCAGGAUCUGCAGCUGGCCCGGCGCCUGCGAGGGCCCGAAGCGGGGGGCAUCUGA